AUGGCUGUUACCGUACGUAUUCCAACCCCUCUCAGAAGACUCACGCAAAGUCAACCGGAAGUUGAAGCAGAGGGAGAUACAAUUGAAAGUCUCCUCGAAAACCUUGAGGCAAAUUAUCCGGGAAUCAAAGAACGCAUCUGUGAUGAAUCCGGUAAUAUUCGUCGUUUUGUUAAUAUUUAUCUCAACGACGAAGAUAUUCGCUUUUUAGAUGGCAAUGCAACGACAGUUAAGGAUGGCGACGAAAUCUCAAUUAUCCCUGCAAUCGCAGGCGGUUCAUCAGAUGAUGAAAGAGACUGA